AUGUCAUCAACUUCGGAUCAUCACGAUGGAUCAAUACCAAGUUUGAGAGAAUUAUUAUUCGAGAGCUCGAAUGGAUCUCUCUUUAUUCAUGAAAUUGUACCGUAUUUAAAUUUGAAUUUUCUGUUGAAUACCAUGUUUUUCAUUUCGAAAGACGUAGCGAGGCUCGUUCAACAACAAAAUCAUCAUCCCUUCGUAGUGAAUUUACGAAAAAUAACCAAUAACAAAGCAUUGGAAAAAACCAAACAACAGAAGAAGAAGAAGACUCAUAUGCCAUGUUCAAAGAUCAGAUCCAUGAUUCAUUUUGCGAAUGGAUUGAAAGUUGAAACUCCUUUUAACAGCAAAGUUGAAAACCAAAUGAUGGAAAAUGUAAACGUAAUUUUGGAGAGAGUUGUUGACAAUAAGAAGGAACUCUUUAUAUCCAUACAUUUGCCAUCGAUUUACAUGCAAGAUGAUAUUGUUAACAAUCUCUUGAACGGUGUUGCGGAGACUUGUAAAAAGUCAACAUCUAUAAUUACAACACUUUCGCUAUAUGAAGCGUGUUAUUGUAAACCUAAUAUUUUAAAGCCUUUCUCGAAUACUCAUGUGAAACAUUUGAGGCUCUAUAAUUGUCGUAGGAUAGAUCUUUGUUCAAUUUUGGAGAGUCACUUGGACUUUGAUCAGCUGACUGUUGUUGGACCUUUUAGCGUACCAGAAUUGAUGGAUAUUUACAAACUUAAAGAGCUUGAAAGAAAGAAGAUAACUGUACAUAGUACCUCAAGUAUCAUUCUUGCUGGUAGAGAAAUUGAAAAGAUUUUCCCCAUUAUGGAUCAUACUGAAUUUUCCUCCAUGAAAAUUUACGUCGAUGACUCUCCUUUUAUAUCCCCACUUCGUUUGAAAACGAAAAAUAUUGAAUUAGAGAGCAAUUAUUCUUCUAAAAUUUGUAUUCCGAAAGUGGUUUCUAAUAAUUGUGAAGUUGUCACGUUUAGCAAAAUUAGAAGUCUUACUUUUACACGUCCAAGUUAUACUACGUUAGAUGUAUUACCAAAUUUUUUCUCCCUGAAAAGGCUAUCAUUUUCGGGUUGUCAUGUAACCUUGAGACAUGACCAUGAAGAGAAUUGGCAGUUUUAUAUGCCUAACCUGACCUUCUUAUCAUUGAAAAACUGUAGUUUCAUGUUCGAGGAGGAGAAUGGUAAUGCCAUACCAAACAAUCCUCUCUUUAUUAGUCUAUUACAAAUCCCUAAUGCCACAAAUGUACAGUUGAUAGAAAUGGGAUUGAAAGAGGUACCAAUUUUAAACACGUCACAACUGAGCACUCUAAGCUUGGAAGGAAAUCCAAUCGAUGACAAUACUUGGAAUAGUAGCACAGUCUUUCAAUUUUCAACAUUGAAGCGGCUCGAAUUAAGAAAAACCAAGUUUAAAUAUUUCAAAACUUUGGAGCCACUCUUUGACAAAUUUGAGCAUCUAGAUCUAAGCAACAUUCCCCUCACAGAUAUUAUUGUGUCAUUGAAUGGUCGUGUGAAAUUAUUUUCUCCAGACUUUCUAUUAGAAUCAGAAAGAAACAAGUACUUUGAAACCUCAACCCCAUUCUUCAAUGGAAGCGAUCGAGACAUAUAUCUUUCUCUGAAAAAUAUUCUCUCCAUGGAUCAGUACAAACAUUUCCUUUCACACGAAUUGCCAAGCGUUGAAUUUAUUGGAAAUCCAAAAAAGAAAUCUCAUCCACAUACACUAGAUACCACAAAUGUGAUUUUUUGGAAUGUUCUCUAUUCCAACAAUGCAGCACGAGGCAAUACUCCCAGAAUAGGCAGCGCCAUUAUUGAUUAUCUAUCGAAUGCAACACAAUUUGCUAUUAGACUUACUCCUUCGUUAACAACAUACAACUAUGGGCAAGAAUGGAUCUUCAUAGCUUGUUGUUAUAGGAACAAUAUAUUGCAAAACGUUUUGAGAUUAGAUUCUAUCAUAAUGGAAAAGCAUAUUCCAAACAUUCUCACGAAUUGGAGCUACAUUUCAUCACAUAGAACUGCCGUUCAACAAUUGAGAGAGAAGUAUAAUAUCAAGGCAAUUUCGAGUGACAUCAAAUAA